AUGCAGUUCACCGGUCUUCUCUCUCUCGCCGCCUUGGCCACCAUGGCUUCUGCCGCUUCCAUCAAGGUCAACUUCUACUCUGACACUGGAUGCCGCAACUUCAUCGGAUCCCGAUUCAUCGACUACAACGCCAACCAGGGCGGUACUUACCACACCGGUGGCCCCGCCGGUUCUCGUGGUGGACUUUACGUCGACUCCAACAACUCUGGUCUCUCCUACCGAGGCUUCAGCAACCGCGCUGACGGUAGCUCCCCCUUCACUGGCAAUGUCCGUGAUGGUCAGUGCAUUGGUACCCUCGACGGCCUUUACGCUGUUUUCACCGUCUAG